UGGUAGCAGGGGCGGCAACGACGUAGUGCUACACUAAAACGCGUCUCCCGUCGCGCUAGUCGCUCCUUCACUUUGCGCGCUGCCUGUCCGCCGUCUAGCUGCUACACACUACUUCUCACCACCCCGCCCACGUCGCCGACACAUCUGGCAUCCACUUGACCCCGGUCGCGUAUCAUCUAUUCCAGCAAACACCGCCAUCAUGGAGCUUGACUUGGACGACUGGGUCACCAACUCCAACGAGUGCUUCCACAUCAACCUCUACCGCACAUCAAACGAGAACGGCCCAGAACGCAUCCUCGACGAAUCCUUCCACCCAAGCUUCACCCACACUGUCAUCGAAGAGAACGAGACAAUCGCGGGGUACAAGAACCCAAGCAUCGAGCUUGACUUCCGCGCAAACGACCUCAACCCGAAACUGAAGAUAUCCUUUGACCAGGAGCUUGACCUCAAGAAGAUCUCCCCAGAUCUGAACCAGGUUGAUCUAUCCCCGGAGCUGUUCCGCGAGUACCUACCCGAGUCGAUCGAUGAUGCUGCUGGCGCUACGUCUUCAGAUUGGAAACCACCGGGAGAGCGUAUGAACACCUUCAGUCUGUACGGAAAACAGUAUGAGAUAUGGAAAGCUCCAAUGACUGAUCCCGACGCUCGACGCAUCUGGACGAAUAUGAAGAUCCUCAACCUGCUAUUCAUCGACGGCGCGACAUUAGAGGGCUUGGAGGACGAGGAAACGCUUGAUCGUUGGUCACUGUACCUUCUGUACGAUGUGACACCUCUGUCAGACGCAUCGCUUUCCCCAUACACGCUCGCCGGUUUCUCUACAUCGUAUCGCGCUUGGGUCUUUCCCACCUUCGAGAUUGCGCGUGCUACGAAGCAGCUGCCAUCUCCAGCCGAAAGCAGUAACGGUGACGCUGGGAAAUAUACACCGCCUCGUCUGACUCAAGAUCCCGAGACUUUCCUCUUUACCGACAAGCUUGAUCUUCUCGAGACGCCGUCGAGGGAACGCAUUUCUCAAUUCCUCAUCCUCCCUCCAUAUCAAGGCCAAUCGCUCGGAAGCCGCUUGUACGAUACCAUCUUCCACGAGUUGGUGAAUAAGCCCUUCAUCUACGAGAUUCCGAUUGAGGAUCCAAGCGAGGCUUUCGAUGCCAUGCGAGAUUACAGUGAUAUCACAUACCUUCGUAAACUUUCCGCCUUCAAGGACCUGUCAAUCGCCUCAAAUCUUUCCCAAGAGUCGUUGAGAAAGAAUUCACCGAUUCCGCGGGACCAAAUCCUCGGGAACGGCAAAGACCUUGAGGAGCUUCGAAAGAGCACUAAGAUUGUGAGCAGACAGUUCUACAGGAUGGUCGAGCUUCAUUUGUUAUCAACAAUUCCGCCAAACAAUCGAAACCGUGCACGAAUCACAAGGAAAGCGAAGUCUACCAACGAGAACGAUAGAAAAUACUACUUCUGGCGGUUGGCCCUUAAGCAUCGAAUCUACAGCCAGAAUGCAGACGCGCUGGACCAGAUGGAGGAUGUCGCAGAGCGCGUGGAGAAGCUGGAGUCUGCAGUCGACUCGCAGCAGGAGGAGUUCGAGGAGCGUCUGGAGGGGUUGGAGAAGCGCCAAAAUCUUGCUGCUGACGAAACGUCUGCUCCCGCAGUGGGUGCAAGAAGCAAGAGGAAGAGAGCGGUUGUGGUUGAAGACGACGAGGAUGACGAGUGGGAAGACAUGGAUGAAGUGUCAGUUGCUAGCUCAAAGAGGAUGCGAUCGUAGAAUAAAAGGCUGUGACGGUGUCCGAGGUAUCCAGAUGAGGGCGGCGGCUUUCCUGGUUGAUCAGGGUGUCUCGAAGAUCGUAAUCGGUGUCGAAGCCUUGCCCUGAGGUCUCAUUGGUAGUUAUAGUUUAGGCAGUAUACCCAAUCCACGAAAUGUUCUCGCGCCAUUACCAAAGA